AUGACACUUAGAGCAAGCUCCCGCCAGGAUUCUCCAAAGGUACCCAAGAACCGGCACAUUGACCUCCUCAAGGGCUGGCCACACACGAGUCUACUGCCACCCCAUCAGCUGGACCAGGCCUCCGCAGAGAUAUUAUCCAAACCCUCCAACUCGGACGUCUUGUUCUAUGGUCCAGACGAAGGCUAUGAGCCGCUGAGAGUGGAAAUUGCCAAAUGGCUCAAUGAUUUCUACCGACCAAGCGAGACGGUUACAAGCGACAGAAUAUGUAUCAGUGGCGGUGCCAGUCAGAAUCUAGCGUGUAUUUUGCAGACUUUUACUGAUCCGAUCUAUACUCGCAAUGUCUGGAUGGUGGCUCCGACAUAUUAUUUGGCCUGCAGGAUUUUUAACGACUCUGGUUUCGACAAUAAGCUGAGAGCCGUGCCCGAGGAUGCAGAAGGUAUCGACCUGCACUACCUGGAGCGAAAUCUUCAAGAGAGUGAGAAACGGGCAGUGGCGGAAAAUAACACGUCGCCGCGCAUCAAGUUACCUAAGCCAUGGAGGAAGAUAUACAAACAUAUCAUUUAUGCAGUACCGACCUUUUCCAACCCUUCCGGUCGAAUUAUGAGUCUAGGUCAUCGACAGGACCUGGUUCGGCUGGCUCGACAAUAUGACGCUCUUGUCGUUACUGAUGAUGUGUACGACAUGCUCCAGUGGCCUUCGAAUCCCAAGGCUGGCUCGCGCAAGAUGGACAUGGCUGUCCUGCCACGAAUAGUCGACAUUGAUAGACAACUCGAUGGCGGAGUAGUCGACGAAUAUGGGCAUGCAGUGAGUAACGGCAGUUUUAGCAAGAUUGUAGCGCCAGGCUGUCGAACAGGUUGGGCUGAAGGGACACCGGCACUAGUCUAUGGAUUGUCACAAACAGGCUCCAGUCGCUCUGGAGGCGCCCCUUCUCAUCUGGUCGCUUCGUUCAUUUACCAGAUGCUGGCCACGGGGGUUUUGCAAAACCACAUCUGGCAAGAACUGCAGCCAGCGUAUGCGCAACGCUAUCAUUUGAUGAUGCGAGCGGUACAGCAGCAUCUGUUGCCAUUAGGACUGACCCUGCCCCAGGCAGACAAGGAUGUUGCGGGAGGCUACUUCAUCUGGUUGACAUUGCCGAGCUCUUUGAACGCGACACGCAUCUACAAACGGGCGUUAAACGAAGCCAAUUUGACUGUCAUUGCGGGACCUAUGUUCAAGGUGGACGGAGACGAACAAAACAAGGAGGCACGUUUUGAACAGGAUAUCCGCCUGUGCUAUGCCUGGGAAGACUUGGAUGUACUCGAGGAAGGCGUCGUUCGAUUGGCUCAGGUGAUUGAGAACGAGCUGGAAACAAACAGGUCAGGUGGACGGUAA